GCUUAAUUGACCUCAAUCCUGGUUCAAUACAUUAACUUGGCCUUUGGCUACAACCCAAUACCCAGGAAGUCAUGGUUGGUAGGAAUACUUGGCCAGUGUUGGGGAUCCAGCCCCUGAACCACCUCGAGCAUGCCACUCAAAUCAUAACCGAGGCUACAGCACUGCUGGAGUUUGACAACACCAAACGCGCCAAUCUACCAGCCCAAUCUUUGGAAGCCUUUUUUGAAUAGCAUGAUCACUUUAGCUAAGGAAACCCGAGAGCAACCAUCGCCACAGGAGAUCCUAGGAAAACUAAACAGCCUGCAGCCGAUCGUAG